CAUCACUUCGUUACGUCACUCUCCAGUCAACAGAGUGAACGUCGAACUGGCUGUUCACCCGUUUGAGGCGUCGUUUCAGGAUGGCGGGCACGCAUGAGGAUGAAGUGUUUGAGACAUUUCUGGCCGCGUCGUCUAGCGGCAACACACCUCAGGUGACGUCCUUAUUGGCCACCUUCCCUUCUCUGCUGGACCGGGCGGACUCGAAAGGAUGGACGGCGUUAAUGCUCGCCGCCAGAAAUGGACAUGCGGAAGUGGUCCACACACUACUCCGGCACGGGUGCAACAAGAGUCGCCUGAAUGGCAGUGGCCAGAGCGCACAUGACGUGGCCGUAUUUUGGGGUCACGACCAUGUGGCCGUCCUGCUGCGGGGCGGUGGAGGGGAGGGUAUUGGGCAGCUUAACUAUUUUGGCCGCGAGCCUCUGGACCGUCUGAGCGCCAAGCGUAGCGACAACGCGUGGUUGGAGGAUGCCAAGAAAAGAACCGGCUCCGUCUUCCUUCUCUUUUCGGACCUCAGCCCCAUGACCCGUACUGAUCAGCAGGGCAUCCAGCAUUUGUGCCGGCUGAGGUACGAUGCCGUCAAAGAUCUGUCAGAGAAGCCGGAUGCCGUGCUGGUCUUCUUGGGCGUGGAGCGAAGCAGUGAGACAGGAAGCGGAUCUGAGGAGCUCCCGGCCUGGUUUGCCAUCAGCAGCGACGAGGAUGCCACGGUGCUCCUGGGCCGCUGUCCGCACGAGACUCCAAAGUGCUCUUUCACCAAGUCGCCGCACCGCGAUCUGCUCCGUUUUAGCGACGAAGACGCUGGUGUGCUGGCUCCAGCGCGUGCCCUUUUGGCGUGGCACCGUCGCUAUGCAUUCUGUUCCACAUGUGGAAGCUCUACCAUCGCAGAGGAGGGCGGACACAAGAGGACCUGCCGGAAUCAACAGUGCCUUAGCAACAAGGGGGUGCACAACACGUGUUACCCGCGCACCGACCCUGUUGUCAUUAUGCUGGUGAUCCACCCCGACGGCAACCAUUGUCUCCUUGGCCGGAAGAGCAUUUUCCCGGCCGGAAUGUUCUCCUGCCUCGCCGGCUUCGUGGAACCGGGAGAGACGCUGGAAGCAGCGGCGCGGCGUGAGGUGUUCGAGGAGAGCGGCGUGCAAGUGGGUGGCGUCGGUUAUGUUUGCUGUCAACCGUGGCCCAUGCCCUCACAGCUCAUGAUUGGCUGCCACUGUGUUGCCUUGACAACGGACAUCAGCGUGGACCGCAGCGAGAUAGAGGAGGCCCAAUGGUUUUCGCGCCAACAGGUGAGAGAGGCGUUGCUCGGCUUCGCCCCGUCGAGCCUGGUGGUCCCACCCCAACAGACCAUUGCGCACCAGCUCUUAAAACACUGGAUCGGCACCGCUGCCAAUUUAUGAACUGAGCCCCAAUGUUCUCGAUCACAUCUUAUGUCAUGAGAGGAACCACACCAUCAGAAAAUAUUUCAGUGUGGAAUCAUCAAUGACAAAAAAAUCAUCUUUUUCAGUCGUCUCCACAUAAAAGACAUAAAACGACACAUACUCCACAUACCUCAUGACUGUGUGACUUUUUUCUCUUGGGUUUAUCUUGGUUCUAUAUAACAUUGUAAUUCACCUGUUCAGCUGCUUAGACACCAAGAAUGUCAAAUUUGAGUAUCUUUAUAGGGUGGUACAGUUUUAAUGUGCCAAAUGCAGAGAUGGGUAGAGGUGCCCAAAAUGUAACUCGCGUAAGAAUAGCAUUACUUCAAAAUAAUAUUAGGUAAAAGUAGUCAUCUAAAAAAAUGUACUCGAAGUACAAUUAUUCAGUGAAAAGAAUACUUAAAUAAUAAGUAACUGCUUACAAUGCCAUAUUUUUUUUUUUCAAACAAUGGUAUAUUUUUUUUCUUAGCACAACUAUAUGUACUUAUCAUACUGUAUUAUAACCAGGGGUGAAAGUGGGCUGGAACGGAGCUUUGAGCCCCAAAAUGUGACGGCAACUGUCAAAACCCCAUGUUAAAAAAAACAAACUGCCGGGCUGCCACACAAGAAGAAAACAAUCUACGAAUGUCAGAUUUACACACACAAAUGUUAACAAGCUUAAUAAAGUGCCUGUGUUGGCUAAUCGGUCUCCACCGAUAUCAUUUAUUUAUUCCACGGAACUCUCCAAGCUGCAGCAGUUUAAGAGUCUGACGACUCUGUGACGACUCGUGUCGAUGAGCGCUUGCGCGCAGUAAACCACCCUGGACUCGGUUGUCCGUUAAAUUAGCUGACACUGAUGUGAUCAGCAUAGAUAGUUAGCAUUUGCAUUUGAACCAGUCAGAGCUUUCUGGAACCGCUAAAAAAAACAAGCUUGUUGAUUUAAUGUGAUAAAGGGCAAUGCAACAGAAAAUAGAUCUUAAAGAGAAAGGAAAGCGCUGAAGAGGCUUAUUUUAUUUGCUCUGAUGGGGAUGUUUGGAACAGCUUUCAUCUUAAUAAGCACUUUGGACUUAUGUUAGGCUUCUAAUUUGAAAAAAGUCAAUGUAAGUCAAUGUUUGCUUGAUCUUCAAAAUCCAUUAUGCACAGUGAAAUUGUUAUUUGUACAGUACUUAUUUUAAUGUAUAGUACUUUAUAGGCAUGUGCCGGUAUGAGAUUUUCACGGUACGAUAACCGUGAGCAAAAAUACCGCGGUUUCACGGUAUCACGGUAUUGCAAUUAUGGCUCCAAAAUUUUGAGAUGUAUGGCUUUAAAAAAAAAAAAAAAUCCCAUUGAACAGGAUUUUUUUUCAAAACAUAUUUGUAAAUUGGAACAUGAAUAUAAUGUGAAAAUAAAUAAAUUAACACAAAAUAACAAAUAUUUUAUAUAAAAUUAAAAUAAAUAGAACCUAGACUAUACCCACAGCCACAGCUCAAGUUGCUCAAUAUUAGAGUAAGAACAAAAUAAUUGCUAUAAAAAGUAAAAAGACUUCUAAAUAAAAUUAAAAAUAUAUACUGUAUGACUUUUUUUGAGGGGGGAAGCUCAAGUGAAGUUUUGCCAUUUUCAGCCACCUUUUUCAACUCUAGUCUACAUGAUGCCAUGCCUUUGUGUUAAAAAGAACAAAGAAUUCAUAAGUUAAUAAGUUAGUUAAAAAUUUAUAAGUUAGUUUUAUAAAUGUUAAAAUGUAAAUAUUGUUGAGGAAAGGUUUCAUCUAAUUUAAAAAAAAAAAAAGUGAGGAGUGAGACCUCCUUUCUCAAUUAGCGAUCUUUGACGCGAUUCUUUUUCUUUCCCCCCUUCAUUCAAGCUUGUCUCCUCUCUCUCAGCGGCUGUGAGACAUAAAACCACAACGAAGCUGCUCUCCCAGCUUAGCCUAGGCUAACAUUCGUCUUUGUAAGUUUUAGUUUGUUUGUAUAUUGAAUUUGAAAUGAAAAUGUGUGUUUUGUUUUUGGCGAACUUUUUAAUGGUGCUACUGCUAUCCUGUUGAACCUAAUCACACGUGGAAUACAAUUGUACAACGUUUUAAAUGUAUUUGUAUAUUUCACCACGAUUUGAGAGCUCAAUAAA